AUUUAAGAUUUUGGUUUUCCUUUCAAUGCAGCAUGCUUGCAGAGAAACUAAAUAUGACUCCUGAAGAAGCAGAGAGAUGGAUUGUCAACUUAAUUCGAAAUGCAAGGCUGGAUGCAAAAAUAGAUUCAAAACUGGGGCAUGUCGUUAUGGGAAACAAUGCUGUGUCACCAUACCAACAGGUCAUCGAGAAAACAAAGAGCCUCUCCUUUCGGAGUCAGAUGUUAGCAAUGAACAUAGAAAAGAAAAUGAAUCAAAACAAUAGGACAGAGGCUCCAAACUGGACCACUACAGACUCUGGUUUUUACUGACAAGAAUUACAGAAAUGUGAGCAGAUUGAAGUUCCCAACAGUGCUGAGUCAUUCCACCAUUUGACGUUCAUCUUUAACAACAAUUUUUUUUUUAAAGUGGAAGACAUUAUUGUCAUGUUUUGAAGUACAUAUAAGUGGAUAAAAUAAAAUGUUAACUUGAAA